UUUUCUCCCGAUGAGCAAGUGAUUUUAUUUCAAACGUUCUGUGUUUUUUUUUUCUUUUUCUUUUUUACCUGAAUCAAACGUCUAGUGUUAAGUUUAUGCACAUUCUGCUGAAAAUAUAGUAAACAUCAGCAAGUUGUUUAUCUGCAGUCCAACUAUCCAGGUCAUCGUCUUUGAACUGCUCGGCGAUAUGAGUAUGAGUUGAUCCUACACAAGGGCUCAUGCCGGGUUUUCUGCUCCGAUCGUCAACAAUUCUUUUUACACUGUAGCAUCGAGUGGAUACUGGAUAAGUAUGAAAAUCACAUGUGGAAAACGUGGAUAAAUUAACGAUUUGAGAGUAUUUAUGUGUAAUGCCUGCUCUGGCUUGGUUUGGCUUUUACCGUUUUUAGGCGUUUCUUGUUGAGGUUUCCCUGGAAGUUGUAUUUGAAGAUUGAUGAUUCUUUCUCCCGCAAAUUCCGUCUAUACAAUCUGCAAAGAUGCAGCAGGAAUCGCCGGGAACAUAUUUGCUUUGGGCUUAUUUGUUUCGCCCGUAUCCACGUUUAAGAGGAUUAUCAGAAAUGGGUCAACAGAAAUGUUCUCAGGGUUGCCUUAUAUUUAUGCUCUAUUGAACUGCUUGAUCAGCAUGUGGUAUGGCUCGCCACUCAUAUCUUCUGAUAAUAUGAUGGUCAUGUCGGUCAAUUCAGUUGGAGCUGUAUUUCAGUUUGUGUACAUAAUUGUCUUCAUUGUACAUGCAGAGAAUGCAAAAAAGGUAAGAAUGCUUGGAUUGCUGCUGGCUGUUUUAUGCAUAUUUGCAAUCAUUGUAACUGUAAGCUUGCAAAUAACCAAUCAUUCAACGCGGCGAAUGUUUGUGGGAUUUCUGAGUUGUGCUACUCUCAUAUCAAUGUUUGCCUCUCCCUUGUUUAUAAUUAAAUUGGUGAUACAGACAAGGAGUGUUGACUAUAUGCCAUUUUAUCUCUCUCUUUCCACCUUCUUAAUGAGCACCUCUUUCUUUAUUUAUGGAUUGCUCAAUCAGGAUGCUUUUGUUUAUGCACCAAAUGGGGUAGGAUCCAUUUUGGGAUCGAUUCAGCUGGUAUUAUACUUCUAUUACAAGAGAGCAUCUGUAGAAGACUCUAGAGAACCUUUGCUAGUGCCAUAUGCAUGACACAUUCGACAAGAAGGUAAAGUCAGAUACACAUUUUAUCUGUUCUUUCAGUUUCACAGCCUGUGAUGAAACCUACCUUGGGGCUUCUUGUUGUAAGAUCCAAUACUCAAAUGAAAGACAGUAAGGGGGCAUACUAUUUGUGCAAAUAAGAGGAUGCAAAUCCUUGCAUUCAUAGAAUGAUAUUCAAUUAUUCAUUUCUAUCUUGAUGCUUGAUAGCAUAAUGCCGAUACUAUUGCCGCAAAACAAAAGUAAACAUUCUUUAUUGUAUCGUUUUUGUUCGAUCUA